AUGCCUAGUUUUUCACUUGGACUUGGUCUUGGUCUAACACAAGAGUUUCAAGAAGGAGAUGAAAGCAGUGAAGAUGAACACAUGAAGAAAAAAAUAAAAGAUGAAAAACUUGAUGAAGGAGAAAGUUAUGAUUCAGAAGAAACAGAAUGUGACAAUAAUAUCUUGGGAAUUGAAGAUGAUGAAGACAAAAAAAAAGUAGGAAAAAGAUUAAAUAAACCAACACUGGAGCUAUCUUCUCCUUAUAAUAGAAAAGAUGUUUGUGCAUCAAAAUUUGUAGAUCCAGAUGAAGUAAAUGUAUCAGAUAGAGUUUUUUUCCAGAAUUGGUAA